AUUAAAGACCCCAAACGGAGCCUUAAAUAAUUCCAAAUCAUUCAAACCAACAACUUUCUCUCGUUUAAUUAUACCUCGUUGUUGGAGUUGAUCCACCAGUCAUGUCUUCCACAGAGCAUUCCACCACCCCCACGUGGACGCCGGGAGACUUCGAGCACCCGAAUCAAGAGUUUCGCAGGUCAAUGAUUAUUGCACUGGUGUUUGCUUACAGCUUAUCCACUCUCUCGGUUGUUCUGAGGAUCCUGGCGAGGAAGGUGACGGGAAGCAGGCUGUUCAUGGACGACUACUUGAUUAUGGUUGCUCUGUUCUUCAAAUAUGCAUGUUCCAGUGGAGUCGUUGCUCUCUUCUUCAAUGGAUUGGGCUCACACAUCACAAUGAUCCCAGCGAAGAAUCUCCUAGUUUACUUGCAACUCGGAUUCGCCAACAACUUUAUCUACACCGGCUGCAUCGCCUUCAUUAAAUUCUCCAUUUUGGCGCUGUACAAGCGACUCUUUGCAGUCCGACACAUGACAAUUGCAGUGAAUGUCAUGUUUAUAUUCACCUGCCUCUGGGUUGUGGGUGUUUACGUUGCCGGUGCUCUCAUUUGCAUUCCCGCCAAGAAGUUCUGGGACCCGACCGUUGAAGGAGCCUGUCUUGACACCUCCAAAUUCUACUAUGGCGUUCAGAUCCCCAACAUCCUCUCCGACGUCGUUCUCUUGGUCAUGCCUAUGAGAGUCGUGUGGACAUUGCCUAUUCCCAAGUCCCAGAAAGCGCUUCUAUCUGGAGUCUUCCUCGUCGGUGGCCUAACCUUGAUCUUCUCUUGCUUCCGCCUCAAUGCCAUGAUUCACCUGGUUAAUCAAGGUCCUGAUAUUUCCUACAACCAAGUCCCCGUCAUCGUGUGGACCUGUAUCGAAGCAGCAGUUGGAAUCACAGCUGCUUGUCUCCCCAACCUCCGCCCUCUCUUCAAAGUAGGUCACCGCAACUUCUGGUCUCAGAUACGUUCCUCCAACAACAUAUCCGAGAGGACUCUUGUCAGCUCGAGCAAUGGUGGAGGCACUAUUACUUCCAACCACAAGAAGAGCGAGUCAUUUGCGGUUCGGCAAACUUUUGAGAUGCCCCGAUUUGAAGACUACAAGGAUGAGAAGGCAGUGGAGAGAGUCUAAAUCUGCGGACAUUUUGCGGAAUGGGAAGGCUCCAUGCGGAUUGCACAGGGUGGUCGGCGGAGUCAGGCGAAACAGGAAAAGGAAAAACUUUAGCACGCUCUUUUAUAUUCUUCUUUGUGAUACCUUCUUUAACACUAUACACCUUUAGUCUCCUUAUUUAUACCUUUAUGAGCUUAUCUCAAAAUAUUAUAC